AGAGAGAGCUGCAGCGCCUCACAGGAUUGGCUGAAUUUUAUUUUUAAACCAUAAACAAUCAUGGCUACCGAACUUACCUUGGAAGAGUUGACGAGUUUGAAAGACGAGUUUUUCUCAGACGAGAAAAAUGUGGUUGCCCAGAAUGCGUGCACCAGGGCUGACCCUCAGGAAGUGUGCGUCUCAAGACAGAGACUGCAGGAAGUGUCGCAGCACGUCUUUGAGCACAAAGUCGAAGCCGAAAUCAAGCCGAUGACCGACCAGAAGAACUCUGGCCGUUGCUGGCUCUUUGCCACCCUCAACGUCAUCCGGCUUCCCUUUGCCAAGGCAAUGAACAUUGAGGAAUUUGAGUUCAGCCAAGGCCACCUCUUCUUUUGGGACAAGAUCGAACGGUGCCACUUUUUCCUUCACAACAUUGUUGAGACUGUGAAGCGAGGGGAGGCCGUUGAUGGCCGCCUGGUCUCCUUCUUACUCCACGACCCCACUUGUGAUGGUGGUCAGUGGGACAUGGUUGCUAACCUCAUCACAAAGCACGGACUAGUGCCCAAGAAGUGCUUCCCCGAGUCAUUUUCCUGCGAAUCCAGCAUCAGGCUCAACUCAGUCCUCAAGUCCAAACUCCGUGAGUUUGCCAAGGAACUGAGAAACCUGGUAGAGGCUGGAGAAGAUCCUCUUCCGACCAUAAAAAAACAAAUGAAGUUUGUCUAUCGAACUGUCUCAAUCUUUCUUGGAGUACCGCCAACAGAAUUCACCUGGCAGUAUUUGAACAAGACAAAAAAGUACAACUCCAUCGGCCCUAUCACACCUCAGCAAUUUUAUGAGCAACAUGUCAAACCAAUUUUUAAUUUGGACGAAAAGGUUUGCCUGGUCACUGACCCAAGGCCGUCAAACCCUUAUGGCCACCUUUACACCGUGGACUGUUUGGGCAACAUGGUUGGAGGUCGCACAACCAUUUACAACAAUCAGCCUGUAGAGCUAUUAGCAAAGGUUGCAGCGGAGUCCAUCAAGGCCAACGAAGCUGUUUGGUUUGGUUGUGAAGUCAACAAGAGAUUUGCUGGAAAGGCUGGACUACUUGACCUUGAAUUGCAUAACUGGAAGAGUCUACUUGGCGAAGAAGUUUACUUGAACUUGGACAAAGCCGAAAGACUUCAGUACGGUGAUUCCAUGAUGACUCAUGCCAUGGUUUUCACAGCCGUCUCCACAGAUGAUGAGGGCAAGCCUAUCAAAUGGCGAGUGGAAAAUUCCUGGGGUGACGACCGAGGCGAAAAAGGGUAUUUGCUCAUGACCCAGCGCUGGUUUGACGAGUUCAUGUACGAAGUGGUUGUGGACAAGAAAUUUGUCCCUCAAGAGGUGCUGGACAUUUUCCAGCAGAAACCUGUUGUGCUGCCUGCCUGGGACCCCAUGGGCACCCUGGCACUGUAGAAAAGCCUACUAAAUACCACAGGAUAUUAAACUAAGGCCAACAAGAUAAGAUUUUGCAUAUUGUAUACCCUCAAAUUUCGGCCAGGCUCGUCCUCUACAAGUUGCCUUGCAAGAUCCUUGACACAGUCGGCCGCCUCCGGAGGGACUUUAGCGUUGCAUUCCCACUCUCGGUGCGGAGUGUGUCCGUAGGUGGAGGACGGGGUGGCGUGCGUGACCCGGGUCGUGGUGACGAAGCCCGUGAGCCGGCCCGACGCCUGCGCCCACUUGAAAAUGGACUCGAGUUCCGCCUUGCGCACCUGGGUCGCGUCGCAUUUGCCCUUGGCCACCCUGGCGUCGACCCCGACCACCCCAAGGUUGGUCUUGACCCCCGUGAAAAUCGCGGUGCCCGUUCCCGCCGAGUCCGGCACUUGCUUGUCAACGUUGUACGUCUGUGUCAGGAAUUUUGCGUCAGGAAAUUUUUGAAUAAAUUUUAAAAUGUUGUGAGAAAA